AUGGCUAUCCUAAGCGACAAGGGAAAAGAAACGGGCGGUAGUGUGUUGGAAACACUAGGGCUCAAAAACGAAAGCAGUGCUCGUGAUGUACAAGAAGGUGUGAUGGCUGAAAAUGCCGACAACCUUCAGCGCCAUCUUGGAAAUCGUCAGAUCCAGCUCAUCGCUAUUGGCGGCUCUAUCGGAACCGCCCUUUUCGUCAGCAUCGGCUCCGGUCUUUAUCAUGGAGGACCUGGCAGUUUGUUGAUUGCCUUCACUGUUCAAUGUAUCUUUUUGGCCAUGGUCAACAACUGCCUCGCUGAAAUGACCACUGCAUUCCCAGUCAGUGGUGGUUUUAUUCGCUUGGCUGGAAAAUGGGUCGACGACGCACUUGGUUUCAUGGUCGGCUGGAACUUUUUCUUCUAUGAGGCCCUCUUGAUUCCGUUUGAGAUCUCAGCUUUCACGCUCGUCUUAUCUUAUUGGAGCCCGACUCUGACUGAACCUGGUCCAGUCGCAGGCAUCUGUGUUGGUGUUAUCCUGGUCUAUGGCUUCCUCAACAUCUUGGUCGUCAAAGCCUAUGGUGAAGCCGAAUUCUGGCUGUCCGGUGGGAAGGUCAUUUUGAUAUUCUCCCUGUUCUUCUUCACCUUCAUCACCAUGGUUGGCGGAAACCCGGCCCACGACGCCUAUGGCUUCCGCCACUGGAAUAACCCCGGCUCAUUCAUGGAGUAUCUGGAUACUGGCGCCCUUGGUCGCUUCGAAGGCUUCCUAGGUUCCCUUUGGUCAGCUUGCUUUGCCGUCGUCGGUCCCGAGUACAUCUCCAUGGUUGCAGCUGAGUCAAAGCGUCCCCGCAUAUAUAUCAAGAAUGCCUUCAAGACAGUCUACAUUCGAUUCGGCCUCUUCUUUAUCGGCGGCGCCUUGGCUGUGGGUAUCGUUUGUGCUGCUAAUGACCCUCAGCUAAAAGAGGUUGUGACUGGCGGCUCUUCUGGCUCUGCUUCGGCAUCGCCAUAUGUUAUUGGCAUGCGAAACAUGGGCAUUUCAAUUUUCCCUUCGAUCAUCAACGCCCUCUUGCUGACUUCGAUUUUCUCUGCUGGAAAUACCUACACCUACUGCGCUAUCCGUACUCUAUACGGCUUGGCACUCGAAGGACGAGCCCCAAGAGUUCUCACUCGCACCAAUCGCAACGGUGUACCCAUCUAUUGCUUCGCAUUCGUGAUGAUCUUCCCCAUCCUUUCCUUUUUGCAAUGCUCCAGUAGCUCCUCCAUCGUCAUCACCUGGUUCGCCAACCUCAUCACUGCCGGAGGUCUCAUCAAUUAUAUCGUCAUCACUCUGACAUACAUCUUCUUCCACCGCGCAUGCAAAGCGCAAGGCGUUGACCGCAAGUCCUUCUCCUAUUUCGGAUAUCUCCAACCCUACUGCGCAUACAUUGCAUUCGUAUGGAUGAUCAUCGUGACAAUCGUCUACGGCUACCCCGCAUAUAAGCCAUGGUCGGUGUCAACCUUCUGGUCGAACUACACCAUGCAAAUCGUCAUUCCUCCUCUCUUCAUCAUCUGGAAACUCCUCAAGAAAACCAAGUUUGUUAAGGCUCAUGAAGCUGACUUGGUCUGGGAACGACCCCUGAUCGAUGCGUACGAGGAUAGCUUCAUCGACCCACCAACUGGCUUCUGGAGAGAAAUGCUGCAGAUGGUCGGUAUUGGGCGCACGAAAGGCGGUAAUGAUAAGCGAGCGCUGUCGGUGUCUCAGCCCGGGCCCGGGGCUGAGGAUGAGUAUGCUGUGACGAAGUCGGCAUGA